AACAAAAUGUAAUCUUGUUUAUUUUUAUGGGCAAAUGACGUCAGCUGACGACGCAGUGCUGUUAGCUGACUCAAAACAGUAUCGUUUUACAACACUGAAGAGCAUUCGAAAAAAACGAGACGCCAAACAAAAUAAACGCCAUGCAAAAAUUAACAUUACAGCAAGUGCAUACCUUGCGCAAGGCACAGGAAGAUUUAAAUUUUUGCAAAGCCAUCUACCUGGAAUUCUACCCAAAAAUGGCCAAACAUGCCUACACAGCGGAGCUCAAUAAUUUGAUACGCGGUGAUUUCAGCCGUGUUGAUGUGGAGUUAAACAUACCCAAACUGCCCCCACAGCACAAAGAGCAGGAAGAAUACAAACCCAUGCUACAGCUGGACAAAUUAAUGGAAUACUACGAUGCAACCGUUGAUGGCAUAUCACUGCUGCAAGCGUGAUCCGAUCUAUCCCUGCUAUUAUUAAGCCAGUAGCCAUGUAAAAUGCGCUGAAUAUGCUGCAGGCACUCAAAGGAAGGUGACAAAUUCUGUAAUAAAUAAAACUUUAUUAAGUUAUCCGUAUUGGAAACAAGCCUCGCAGCACUCACAUUGAAUAGCGGUAUAAUGGGCCGCUCUUUGAACAUGCUGCCCUUUGUGCGCAGUAUUAGCAUGUACUUUACAUCUAGCUGUAAGUGAAUUAAAACCUUUUAAUAAAUUUAAGAAAAAUA